UACACAAAUCCUCUCUUUCUCUCUCUCUCUAAAUAUAUAUGUAUAUAUAUGCACCCCACCCCAAUCCAAUAGUCUCACUUCCAGUCCUCUCUCUCUCUCUGGGCCUUGUUGCAGAAAUGGCAGAAACAUAAUACCAAUCUUUAGCAUGCAAAAGAAACCCCAUCAAAAACCCAUCUUUUGAUAACUUCCAUUGACAGCAAAGCACAUUCAUUGAGGCUGAUUUCCCAAUGGCUGAUUACAACGCCUUUGACUCUGCUACUUCAACAGACCUCCUCUUCUGUAACGAAGAAACCAAAGCCUUUUGUUUCGACGACAACGAUGAUUAUCAUGUUCUUCAACCUUCCACCCACCAAAAUAUAGCUGAAAAAGAUUUGAUUUUUAGCAAUGGGGCAUCAGAUUCAGAGGCACUCCUUCAUCUUCCUUGCCUCAGUGAAGAGUGCAUUGGCUACAUGUUAGAGAGAGAGAGAGAGCACCUACCAAGAGAUGAUUACCUUGCCCGAUUGAGAAAUGGAGAGUUGGAUGUUGGACUGAGGAGAGAGGCUCUUGAUUGGAUGUUCAAGGCUUGCGCCCACUUCAGUUUUGGAGAGUUGUGUUUGUACUCUGCAAUCAGCUAUUUUGAUCGGUUUCUUUCCAUCUACGAAUUGCCUCUAUCUUCAUCAGAAAAGGGAAGCAAGAAUUGGGCAGUUCAACUAGUUGCAGUUGCUUGCUUAUCUCUUGCAGCCAAGAUAGAGGAGGUUAAUGUUCCUUCCACCUUGGAUUUGCAGGCAGGGGUACCUAAGCUGUUGUUUGAAGGGAAAACAAUUCAAAGAAUGGAGAUUUUGGUGCUUAACAGUUUAAAUUGGAAGAUCAAGGCUUACACACCAUGCAACUUCAUUGAUUACUAUCUUAGGAAGAUGAAUGAGGGUGGAGAGCCAUUAGGGCUCGUGAUUAGCCGGUCCCUUCGCCUAAUCAUGAGCACGAUCGAAGGUAUUGAAUUCUUGGAAUUCAAACCAUCUGAAAUAGCUGCAGCUGUGGCAAUGUGUGUUUCAGGGGAAAUGCAAGCAAUGGACAUUGAUAAGGCAUUGUCUUGUUUGAUAGGAGUUGAGAAGGAAAGGGUGGUGAAGUGCCUUGAAAUUAUUCAAGAUUCUUCCUCAUCAAUGAGCGGGGCGAGUACUACUACUACUACUUCUACUAUUACGACCACUGUUGCUGCGAGGGUUGCAAUGGCGAAUGUGGCUCCUCGGAGCCCCAAUGGAGUGUUGGAUGCAGCAUGCUUGAGCUAUAAAAGUGAUGAAACAACAGUUGGAUCAUGCCCAAGUUCCUCACACACUAGUCCAGUCACUAAGAGGAGGAAAUUGGACAAAGCAACAACUUUUUUAGGUGGAGAUUCUUGAAGUCAUGGAGAAAUGUGAAAUUUGGAGUCACAUUAAAAAACAGUUGUUUGGUGUGUGGAAAUUAAUAAAAGGGAAACAAAAAACACUAGAAGGGGAGAAGUUGAGAAAUGGAAGAGGAGGAGGAGACAUGCUUUGAGCAUGAAAAUAAGCAAAUGCUAGUGCUAGUAAUUAAACCAUUGUAAUUUGUAUGAUGAUGAUGGUGGUGGUGGUGGUGGGAGAUGACAAGCACAAGAAUUUGAGAAAGAUCAUGUGGGAUGGGAAUUUUGGGGGAUGUGUAAUAUAAAGGAAUAAUGAGGUCUUUUGACUAAUUUUUUUCUUUCUUUUUUUUUUGGUAUUUAUUUAUAUAGUUCAUGGAUAUUAUGUAUUUUUUUCCCCUUUGUUAUAUAAUAAAAACAAAAAAUGAUGAGUAGGAGUAUUAUUUAAA